AAUUAAAAAAUUUCUGAAAAUUGUAUAAGAAAUCAUUAAAAUAAUCAAUAAGGAUGCAAUUAAAAUUUCUAAUAAGACCUUUAAAUCGUUACAAUUACUUUAUUUCACAACGAUUUGUCACACAAACCCACAGUCCACCUACUGGUGCAAAACAGCAACAAAUACCAACAAGCUCCCUUAAAAGAAGAGAGAAGGAUGAUAGUAGCAAAUCGAAAUUAAAAAUGCAAGGAUGGCAAAUCCAUAGUUACGGUGAUGUGGAUGAAUUGCUGUUAACCGACAAAUUGAAAGUACCACAACUGAAGCAGGCCAACGAAUGUCUGGUUAGAGUAACGACCACUACAGUCAAUCCCAUAGAUGUGGCCAUGUUAAAUGGUUAUGGUGCCACCACUUUGAAUACCAUGCGUUGCCAGGGCAAUUCCAUAGAAUUUCCCUUGACUUUGGGUCGGGAAUUUUGUGGUAUUUUGGUGCAGAAAGGCAUGAAUGUUGAUAUACCCUUGGGUCAAAGAGUUUGGGGUGUGGUACCGGUACAAAAUACAAAUGGAACACAUGCUGAGUAUGUAGCAGUAACGAAUCACUGUCUUUCGGCAGCUCCCAAAAAUCUUAGUGAUGAAGAAGCUGCCUCAGUGUUAUAUGCCGGUCUUACAGCUUGGUCGGGUCUCUAUGUUACAGCCAAUAUAGGCGGUGUCUGCGGUGCUCUCUCUGCCGAUGGGGGCGGUGCACAAAAACGUAUUUUAGUUUUAGGCGGUUCUGGCAGCGUCGGCUCCCUGGCCAUACAAAUGCUUAAAGCGCAAGGAACGCAAGUUUUAGCCACCUGCAGCGAAAAUGCCACAGAACUUGUUAAAUCGUUGGGUUGUGAUAUUGUUAUUGAUUAUAAUAAUUCUGAUGAAAUGGCUAAAUUGCGUUCAUUUGCUCCUUAUGAUGUGGUGCUUGAUUGCAGUGGUCAGGGACCACAAGGUGCUGAACUGUUGAACUUUAACUACAAGCAAUAUGUAACCUUUUCAUCACCACUUUUGAAAAAUAUUGAUAGCUCCGGUUUGGGUUUGGGACUUUUGAAAAAUGUUCGCAAUAUUUUGGAAACAAAUUUUAAAUCAGUUUCCAAACAAAAUGGUUUGGUUAAAUGGGGUUUCUUUUCUCCUGCUGCUCAGGGUAUUGAAUUUUUAAAAAAAUUGGCGGAGCGUGAAAAGAUUAUUCCCUUAAUAGACAGCAGUUUUGAGUUCGAACAGUUGCCGGCAGCAUUUGAAAAGGUUCGCAAUGGCCAUUUACGCGGAAAAGUUGUUGUGAAUAUUGAUUAAUUUUAUACAUAUUUGUAUUAUUUAUGAUUUGUUAUUAAAUAAACCAUGUUUGUGAUAUAAUCGAAAA